GAAGAAAAAAAAUCAUUAAUUUUGUCUCACGGUUAAAAUUCAGUUUAUUGUUAAAACAAUACAAUGUUCUUCAAAUUGUCUAUUUUGUUACUAUCUUUUAUCAUAGCUGGGAUUUCUGUACUGGGAGAAUCUGAAGAUGAAAAUGAAAUUUUUAAAGAAUCUUACGACGAUUGUAGAAAAUGGUUGCACGUGCCCCUAGAUAGUACUAUUUCGAUGGGUCAGUUUUUGCAGUACAUGGGUAAAAAGAGAAGUUAUUUUUCUAUCAUGAGUGAUUAUGUUGAUAAGAAUCCUACGGCAAAUGAAAAUCAAGAUUCUAUAGAUUUAUAUCUAUAUGGUGAACUUUUUAAAAUGCUAUGCAGCACAAUUGACCUCACUGUAAAAAAAUGCGCUGCUCACAGGAAGAGUAUAGCGGCACAAAGGACACUAGUAGACGUUUUUUUUUUAGGUCCGGUAGAACCAGAAGAAUAGGUUGUCAAAAAUAUAGAUUACAAGAAAAAAAACAGACCAUUUUUCUUAGUCUAAUAAUAACAUGAAUUGAACAUUUUUGAAACUAUAAUAUUAAAAUGUUAAAUUUUUGGUAAAUUUUGAAUUGUCAAUUGUAGUAUUAAUAUUAUAAAGAAUAUUCAUUUUUAAUAAAUUUUUGUUAGAAAUUAAAGUAUUUUGAUAUCAUCGGCUAUAUAUACAAUAUAACUAUUUAAAUGUACAUAAUAAAAUAGAUCAUUAAUCAAACCCUUAA